AUGCCAGAUAACAGCAUGAAGAAGAAACAAACAAGAUCUAAUUGCAAUCAAAAGCAGUUGGUUGUUGUGGAAAACAAGCAACAACAAAUUCCACACUGCUCACUUUUAGUCUUUGAAUCGAAUAAGAAAACAAAUAAGAAGAGAGAAAAUCCAUUCGAUGGCUCGUGUGAUAUUUCCAACUUACUUUUACAGAGUGAUUAUUCUUCACACUCACCAUUGACUCAUAACUCAUUCGAAAGUAAGAAGAAGAAACGAAAGCAUUCGACUGAUUCAUUACCACCUCCUCAUUCAAAUCAAAACAGGGAACAACUACCAUUAAGUGGCAAUUCUCCAACUCUAAAUAAUCAACAUUCAAUAAUGAAUCCUAAUCGAAUGAUGGUUACAAGUGAACAACAACCAUUGUCCACUCCAUCUCCAUUCACUUCCUCUCCAGUUCUAUCCAAUUCGUCGACCAAUUCGUUCAAGAUUCCACAACAACUCACAAACCGAAAUCAAACCAAUCAGAUUCCACUCUUACUUUCAAUAACCACAAUGGGUAACACAGAUUCAAACACACAAAAUAAUCACGAUUCGUUAAUUUCUCCACAUUUAAACAAUGGAAGCAAUUGCAGUAGUGGAUUAUCUUCUUCCUUUUUCGAGGAUAUUUCCUCCUCAAUUCUGUAUCUAGUCACUGGUAAAAGAGAUCAUGAGCGAAUCAAUGAAGAAUCUCUUACCAAUCUAACCAAACAGCAGUCCUGUUGUUGCAAUCCAUCCAGUCAACACCAAGAUUCAGAGCACCAACAUUACAAUAGAAAAUCCAUCCAAACUCCCUCAACUACAGUUUCACAAUCACCAUCAUUUCCCUCACCAAAACACUCACUACCAUCCAUGUCAUUGACUGGCGAUAUUUGUGUAAUGCAUGACGACCUGAAUCCAAACCAAUCAAAACACCAACCAUUCAAUUAUGGAAAUAGUGGUCCUUCUUCAAAUUGUUAUCUGUUUCCAAAUAGUGGCAAUGACCAACCAUUUGGUUUAGAGCAGAGGGCAGGGUUUUCAAUAAUGGCCAAUACAGAAAAGAGUUUCAGAACUAGAGGUUACGAUGCGCAACAUUUGUCGGAGGAUGAAAGUGAGGGAGAGAAUUCGAUUCGUUUCCUACCUAGUAUUGCAUCUCUAUUAGAGAGAAAAUAAAAUUGCAAUUAUGAAAUUGUAAA